AUGUCGCUGAAGACUCCGACGCCGGGCGGCGGCGAGCGCGAGACAUGGGGCAAGAAGGUGGACUUCCUGCUCUCGGUCAUCGGCUUCGCUGUCGACCUGGCCAACGUGUGGCGGUUUCCCUAUCUCUGCUACAAGAACGGAGGAGGGGCUUUUUUGGUUCCAUAUUGCAUCAUGUUGGUGGUGGGUGGUAUACCACUGUUUUACAUGGAGCUGGCUUUGGGACAGUUUCAUCGUAAGGGCGCCAUCACCUGCUGGGGGAGACUGGUUCCAUUGUUUAAGGGCAUUGGUUACGCGGUGGUGCUGAUAGCUUUCUACGUGGAUUUCUACUACAAUGUGAUCAUCGCUUGGGCUUUGCGUUUUUUCUUCGCCUCCUUCACUACCAUGCUACCCUGGACCAGCUGCAACAAUGAGUGGAACACACCAGCUUGCCAACCGUUUGAAGCCAACUGGGAAUCUUCUAACAUGAGUCGACCUCAGAACUCUUCCAGCCAACCCCAAGCUACCCCAUUCAAUUCUGCUGCAUCUGAAUACUUUAACCGAGCUAUUUUGGAACUACAAGGCAGCGAAGGACUUCACGACUUGGGCGCAAUUAAAUGGGACAUGGCUCUGUGUUUGCUGGCUGUUUAUAUCAUCUGUUACUUCUCUCUGUGGAAGGGCAUCAGUACUUCUGGAAAAGUGGUGUGGUUCACGGCAUUAUUCCCUUAUGCGGUAUUACUGAUUCUCUUGGUGCGAGGCAUUACUCUUCCUGGUUCAGCUACUGGCAUCGCGUACUAUUUGAGUCCAAAUUUCGAAGCUAUAACCCAGCCACAGGUCUGGGUAGAUGCAGCCACUCAAGUGUUCUUUUCACUCGGUCCCGGUUUUGGGGUAUUGUUGGCCUACGCUUCAUACAACAAGUACCACAACAACGUUUACAAGGAUGCGAUUCUAACAAGCGUGAUCAACUCUUGCACCUCUUUCGUCGCCGGUUUCGUUAUCUUCAGUGUCCUUGGCUACAUGGCUUAUGCGUCUGGCAAAGACGUCCAGGACGUGGCGACAGAAGGACCUGGCCUCGUCUUCGUGGUGUACCCAGCUGCUAUAGCCACCAUGCCUGGAUCUACAUUUUGGGCUUUGAUAUUCUUUAUGAUGUUGCUUACUCUGGGACUGGAUAGCUCCUUCGGCGGAUCAGAAGCGAUAAUAACAGCGCUCAGCGAUGAAUAUCCCCCAAUAGGACGUCAUAGAGAAAUAUUCGUGGCCUGCCUCUUCACUUUGUACUUUAUCGUCGGGCUUACAUCUUGCACCAAGGGCGGUUUCUACUUCUUCCAACUCCUGGAUAGAUACGCUGCAGGCUAUUCUAUGCUCGUGGCUGUUUUCUUUGAGGCUAUCGCAGUGUCCUGGAUAUAUGGUACCGAAAGAUUUUGUGAAGACAUCCAGGACAUGAUCGGGUUCAAGCCUGGUUUAUACUGGCGGAUAUGUUGGCGUUUUGUGGCACCGGCUUUCCUUCUAUUCAUAACCGCGUAUGGUCUCUUGGAUUAUGAACCGCUCCAAUAUGAGGGUUAUGUGUACCCUGGCUGGGCAAAUGCUUUGGGUUGGGCUAUAGCCGGGUCCAGUGUGAUUUGUAUUCCGACGGUGGCAAUAUACAAAAUUCUGACGACAAAGGGAACUUUUUUCGAGCGUCUGCGCAUCUUAACAACACCAUACGCUGACACAGAGCACAGCACCAUUCACAAUGGCGUAGUGGUCUCUGAGAGUGGUGGAGUACGUCUUACAUCAGCCGUGACCACCCCCACCACUCCUCCAGCAAAUACGUCACCAUCCCAGAAUUCCCAACCUGCGCUCGUGUGA